AAAUUUCAAAUUCCAGGAUUAAUGCUCACCGCCGUCCGUCCGAUUUCUCGGCGUACUUUGACAACAACAUCGGCUCUUUUCAACAAAAAGAAGCCCACGUCAUCUUCACGUGGUGGUAGCCACGUGGAUGUGGGCGAUGAUGGACUACCGAAAGACUACAAAUUGAAGACUCUGCGAGCCGGAAGCCGACGAUUAGACACUUUUGUGAAUCGAGCCACUGGACAGAGCAGCAGCGAAGUCGUCAAGCUUAUCAUGCAGGGAAAAGUCCGAGUGAAUGAGGAGGUGUACACGAAGAAAGCCUAUAAUGUCUGCCAGGAAGAUGUCGUAGAAAUCUGGAAAUCACCAUUCGCCGACAAUGCCGCGUUGGCAAACGUGGAACGGACCGAGAUUGUGUCGUACGAAGUAACCGAGCAAGGAUACAAUAUUGAAGUGAAAAGCUGGAAAAACUUUUUGUCAGACAACUGGAGAUCCUCGCAGGGAUAGAGAAUGUGGCCCCGGGAAUUCAAUUUUUUUUUUUAGAUUUUUUAUGUAUUUCUCACUUUUUCAAUGUGUCUUGCUGAUAGAAAUAAAUAGAAUUGCACUUUU